CGCUCAUUGCCAUUGCCUUCCCAGCGAUAAUCAUCCUUCGAUGGGCCUCGUCUGUUGCAGCUGCCGCCGUAAACUGCCGCGUCUGAUUCUUAGCUCCAUCGCUAACCGGGAUCCCGAUAAGUCCGUGCAGGGCAGGAACUAUCAGAGACACAUUGCCCUGGUCGGUGGAGCCGGCCAUGAGAAGCUCAUCGUGGGACAGAAUUGUUUCUCCCAGAUCGCUCAUACACUCCUGAAAGCAUCCACAUAAAGGUGGAUUCACUACCAAAUCGGCAUAGAUUUGAGUUUCUUCUAUAUCCACAGAACACUCAGUAGCCAAAGCACCUGCUUCCAGGCAUUUUUUGACGCGGGCCCCAAGUGCUCGUGUUCUUUCGAUUGUUCGGCUGCGGAUCGUAUAUUUGGUGCAGGUAAGCUCGGGGAUAGAGUUUGUUGCUGUAGGUGCCUGAAUUAUGGCUCCAUGAAUUCGCUCGUCCGUUCUUAUCUGCUGGCGUAACAUCGAGAUACCGUUAUAUGCCAUGACCAGCGCGUCGAGGGCAUUUCUACCUUCCUACGGAUUAGCAGCCGCGUGGGCGCUGACACCCUUGUAGGUGGCCACAAUAUCGUAGCAGGAAAUGGAAGAUCGACCUGCGAUGCCUACUACUUGGUCCUUGGGAAAUUCUUCCUCCGACAAAGGGUACCUGGAAUUUUCAGCCAGCUUCCAGGCACGACUUUGGGAUCUAUGCACCUCAAAGGGAGGACUAGAGGGCGUACGCCAUUAAAGAAGCAUCCACAUUUUCGUAUGCCCCGCCCGAAUCAAAUCAAUUUUACCCCUGCAAUCUUCUUCGGCUGGGGUGCCUAGGAGUUGGGCUUGGCCAGGAAGACCAAAUUGCCGACUACAUAUGCCAGAGCGAUGAACCCAGCGAUGCUAGCAGUCGCAAUAAGAUUAUGCCCACAUGCAUGUCCGAGGCCAGAAAGAGCGUCGUAUUCUGCAUUAAAGUUCACACAUCGACCAUGCGAGUUGCCAGCUUUGGCCGUAGCUUCAAAGGCAGUGCGAAGCCCGUAAGCAUGUCGAGUAGUGUGUAUGCCCAGUGACUCGAGAAAGCCGCAGAUACUCUCAUGGGCAAUGUACUCCUUGUAUGCCAAUUCGGGGUUUUCCACGAUCUAAAAUUUUCCGUUAGUAACAGGAGGGUCCUCCCAUUUUUCGGAGCGCACCUGUUUGUUGAGUGCGCGCAGAGGCUGUUCCAGACUCGCGAUGUAGGUAUCAAUGGCCGCUUGGACCUCGUUCUUGGUUGGGAUUGCCAUGGCUGUAGCCUUCUCGUCUUAGACUUGCAACGUAAUCUGCGGGCGGCUUGUCGGCGGUCUCUUUUAUAUUGGUCCGAUACCGACCAGGUCUAGUCCCAAACUAGUUCGACUAUAGUAUGCGGUGCCGAAGAUAAUACCACUGCGGCGCAAAAACACACGAUUGGCUGCGACUCCUCUUUGAUGUCCCCACAUGAGGAUGUAUCAUGAUGUUUAUAAAGAUCAGGCCAACAGCGCGGCGUUGACGAGCCAAAGGCAUAUUCACAUCCAGCACUUGAUUUAAUUUUUGAAAACAUUUUCCUUCUCGUCUUUCAAAACGGCAAAAUGACCUUGUUAACGUGGCAAGAAAAGGUCGCCGCCAAACAGGCCGAGGCCUGGGCGAAAAUACCCUCCGAAUGGCGAUUGCCUGCAGAUAUUCUGCAGCAAGUGGAAAGCGACAAACUGAAUAUCCUCGAUGUCCCUGCAAAGUGUGGUAUCCUCAACAAUCAGGAGCUCAAUAUCACUGAGAUACCGGAUGCAACUGCACUCCGAGAUAAGCUAGCUGCUGGCGAACUCAGCGCCACCGAGGUGACCACGGCUUUCUGCAAACGUGCUGCUGUUGCACAGCAGUUGACUUUCUGUUUGACGGAGACAAUGUUUCCUAAGGCAUUGGCGAGAGCAAAAGAGUUGGAUGAGUACCUCAAGAAGUCUGGAGAGCCAAUUGGCCCUCUCCAUGGCGUUCCGAUCAGUCUGAAAGAGACCUUCAACAUUGAGGGUGUUCCAACGUCGCUAGGUUUCGCAUCCUUUCUGGAUCGUCCACCUGUCGGCCAAAAUUCAGCUUUGGUGGACAUUCUGCUCAAGGCAGGAGCGGUUCUGUACGUCAAGACCAACGUUCCGCAGACCAUGAUGACAGCCGAUUCGCACAACAACGUGUUUGGCCGCGUGUUGAACCCAAACCGUCGCAACCUUACGGCAGGUGGCAGCAGUGGAGGUGAAGGCGCACUGGUGGCCAUGCGUGGAUCUCUCCUAGGGAUUGGCACUGAUAUCGCUGGCUCGAUUCGCAUCCCAGCCUUGUGUUGUGGGACUGUGGGCUUCAAGCCCAGUGUCGGUCGUGUGCCAUAUGGCGGGCAGACGAGCGCUGGUCGCCCUGGUAUGACCGGCAUUGCCCCGGUUGCCGGACCACUGUGCCACUCGAUGCGUGAUGCAGAGAUGCUUCUGCGAGUAGUCUUUGAUGCGCCAAGUGAUGACAUGGAUGAUACGGCACUAGGAUUCCCCUGGAUUGAGCCGAGCCCGAGCGCUUCAAAGAAGCUCAAGAUCGGAAUCUUACCAGAAGAUCCACGGGUACCAUUGCACCCAAACAUGCAGCGAAGCUUGGCUAAGGCCGCGGAGAAGCUUGCUAGCGCUGGUCACCAAAUUGUGGAUCUCUCCGAACAAAUCAAAUACAUAGGAGCUGCGGCGGAUGUCUCGUUCCGCUUCUUCCGUAUCGACCCCGAUCAGACACAGUUGCAACACAUCCGUAAUUCGGGCGAGCCCUUUAUCCCGUCACUUCGAUUUACAUACGAUCUCGAAGCAAAGGGCCCCGAGCCAACCCUUCGUGACUUAUUUGAUUUGAAUGUCGCAAAGGCCGAAUACGCGGCCAAGAUGCGUCUCGUUUUCCUCGACAACGACCUCGAUGUGAUUCUUGGGCCGGGGUACCAGGCUACCGCUGUACCUCACGAUACUUUCGGGGUCCCUAAUUAUACAGUCCUUGCUAAUUUGGUUGAUAGCCCUACUUGUGUGAUCCCAUUCGGUAGGUCAUCUGAGACUGAUGAUGCUGCAUUUGUGCGCAGUGUCAAUUAUGUGCCACCCUACGUUCCCGAAACUGUCGAGGGCGCUCCAUGCCACGUACAACUGAUUGGCCGCCGACAGAAGGAUGAAGCCCUAGUACAACAUGCGCUGAUUGUGGAGAAGGUUUUGCGCAGCUGAUAUUUCCAAUACGAAAUACAGUGAAUUAUCAUAGGUUUGGACCUCUCGAUCUAACUUCGAAAUUAUCCUCUUAGUCAUUCUUGUAUAUGAGAAGUACAUCGCGAGAUAUCACCAGCUCUCUCUGGAAAGACAAUUGAGAAGACAUUCCGUAAGAUCUAUAGAGAGAGACAGAGAGGUUGAAGCGUAUCUGACUGACUUUUUCUUUUAUCUCCUGUAUCAAAUGUUUGAACUAUUG